GUAAAUCUAAGCUUGCCUCUGUACCUUCUGGUGGAGCUGUAGUUGUCUCUGGUGGAGGUUCUGCUGGUGGUGCUGCAGCUGGUGGGGCUCCGGACAAAGAGGACAAGAAAGAAGCAAAGAAGGAGGAAUCUGAAGAGUCUGAUGAUGACAUGGGAUUUGGGCUGUUUGAUUAAUAAAUAGCUUUUAUAUUUUUA